CUCGGUCUUCAGUCAUUCACUCAUCCAAUCAUCCUCACCGUCGUCUUCAGACUUCAGCCUUUUCGGUCACCGUCGGUCCAUCUUUCCGCCCGUCCAUCGUCGUCAACUGCGUAAUCCUCGCCUGGCGCACUUUCCGCUUCCCUCUGUUCCGCAGCCCCCCUGCUAACCGUCCGUAGCUAGGUCUCAAAUUUCAAUUCAGGAGGUUUUGUUCGGCAACUCCAAUUUUUAAAACUUUUUAGGUCUCAGACUUCAGUUCGGCGCCCCUUCUCAUUGUCUGUCAGCUGCUACAUUACUCCCAAUGUCAGUUUACUCUCAUCAACGCGAUUUCAUGUUCUGUGAGUGUGGAGCUUUCCUCUCCUUGGAUUCAAUCAAGUAUGCACAUUGCCCAGCUUGCAAAAACAGGGUUAACAUGAAAGAUAUCAUCGGAAAAGAGAUAAGCUAUACAAUUUCUGCCGAGGCUAUUAGAAGGGAGUUCGGCAUAUCUUCUUCAUUCGAUGAUUUUGAAGAAGAGAAGGAAUUGAAACAGAUGGAUUAUAAUGCAAAAUGCAAAGUAUGUCAAUACAUGGGGAUGGCAUAUGUUGCUAGACAGAUAAGGUCUGCUGAUGAAGGCCAAACUAUCUUCUACACAUGCACUCAAUGUGGAAAUAAACAAACAGAGAAUUCCUAGAAACAACAAUCUCGUCAUCUCCACUGCAUGAAGCUUUUUAUAUCACAUUUACCUUUCUAUCUUAUUAACAGUUACUGUCGUUGUUCACACCUUUUAAUCUUUUAUUCUCAUUCGCUCUUAAUAUUUCACAUAUUAUUAUUAUCAUUAUUGCUAGUGUUGUUAUUAUUAUUAUUAUAAUUAUAAUAAUUAUUAUUAUAUUACUCUGUAUGAUGCAACAAAUUAGAGUAUGGAUGUCCCCAAGUAGAUGCCUGCAUGUUUCGCAAA